CGGAAAUCCACAAGUAAAAACAUGUCAGAGUAGUCCACCGUGUGUUGCCGAUGUUGGUUACUUAUCUUCAAAUUUUGCUGUGAUAAACACUGCUUGACCUAAACACUAACCUUACAGAUCUUUAUGUGCUAACUUAUUUGAAGUACGUUUUUAGUCACGGUAUCAUGACAUCUUAGCCGUCUUCGUUAGACCCCACAGUAGCCUUAGCUCGCACAGUAUUAUAACAUAUUAGCCUUCUUCAUUAGCUCGUACUGGAAUGUAUCAGCCAUAGGCAAGUGAGAGAUGCGGAGACCGUGACUAUAAGAAGUGAAUUCCUCCGUGCGUAAUGCGAUGUGCCAGUCGCUCUCUGGAAUUUUAACAAAGAAGAAAACAGAGCUUGAAAGCCAUUGUAUAUUUUUCCUUUGUGGUGUUCCCUGACUAUAUCGGGAACUCUGGACGGGAUCAUCUCUGGUCCGUUGCUAACAUGGAUCUUGGACUGCUGUUGAGCUCUGGCUGUGAUGAGACACACCAGGUACCCCUGAGACUGAGAGUGAAAGAAGAGGACAUAAAAGAAGAGGAAUACGGACAUAUGAUUACAUGGCAAGAUGAAGAAGAAAAGCCCAUUGCAGAUCUUUACUGUAAAACGGAAUCAGACUUCACAGAGUCACUAAGCUCCACUUAUAAUGAAAUACUACAGACAACAGUGGAGGUUAACGUGAAGAAAGAAGAGGAUGAGCAAGAACACAACGAUUGUCCUCUGGAAAGAAACUCUGGACAGGAUCAUCUCUGGUCCGUUGCUAACAUGAAUCUGGGACUACCGUUGAGACCUGGCUGUGAUGAAACACACCAGGUACCCCUGAGAGUGAGAGUGAAAGAAGAGGACAUAAAAGAAGAGGAAUAUGGACAUAUGAUUACAUGGCAAGAUGAAGAAGAAAAGCCCAUUGCAGAUCUUCACUGCAAAACGGAAUCAGACUUCACAGAGUCACUAAGCUCCACUUAUAAUGAAAUACUACAGACAACAGUGGAGGUUAAAGUGAAGAAAGAGGAUGAGCAAGAACACAACGAUUGUCCUCUGGAAAGUGCAUCAGAACAUCCUGAUGGAACACAACAAAAGAUCCAUGGACAGAAUGAUGAACUCCGCCAGCAACUCAAUGGAAGGCCGUACCACUGCACAGUUUGCAGGGAGAGUUUCACGGUCCUGAGAGAACUCGAGGAACACCAGCAAACACACACUCUUAGUGUUAAUCAAAAGCAGAACACUUGUGAGAAGCUUCAUAAAUGUGCCCAGUGUGGAAAAGCAUUUACAUGUUCCUCAAAUCUUCAAAGGCAUAUACUAAUACACACUCGAAAGAAGCCUCAUAAAUGUGCCCAGUGUGGAAAAGCAUUUAGCAGUUACCCACAUCUUGAAAAGCAUAUGCUAAUACACACUGGAGUGAAGCCUCAUAAAUGUGCCCAGUGUAGAAAAUCAUUUACAUAUUCCUCAAAUCUUCAAAGGCAUAUGGUAGGACACACUGAGGAGAAGCUUCAUCAAUGUGCCCAGUGUGGAAAAGCAUUUUCCAAUUCUUCAAAUCUUAAAACACAUAUAUUAAUACACGCUGAGGAGAAGCCUCAUAAAUGUGCCCAGUGUGGAAAAGCAUUGACAUAUUCCUCAAAUCUUCAAAGGCAUAUGUUAAUACACACAGGAGAGAAGCCUCACAAAUGUGCCCAGUGUGAAAAAGCUUUUUCACGCGUUACAGGUCUUAAAAUCCACAUGCGAAUACACACUGGAGAGAAACCACAUAAAUGUGCCCAGUGUGGAAAAGCAUUUACAUGUUCCUCAAGUCUUCAAAGGCAUAUGGUAGUACACACUGGACAGAAGCUUCAUAAAUGUGCCCAGUGUGGAAAAGCAUUUUCACGCCUUUCACUUCUCAAAACACAUAUGCUAUUACACACUGGAGAGAAGCCUCAUAAUUGUCCACAUUGUGGAAAAUCAUUUUCAUGUACCUCAAAUCUUCAAAGGCAUAUGCUAAUACACACUGGACAGAAGCUUCACAAAUGUGCCCAGUGUGGAAAAGCAUUUUCAAACGUUUCAAAUCUUAAGACACAUAUGCUAAUACACACUAAGGAGAAGUCUUAUAAAUGUGCCCAGUGUGGAAAAGAAUUUUCACAGAUUUCAAAUCUUAAAACCCACAUGCGAAUACACACUGGAGAGAAGCCUCAUAAAUGUGCCCAGUGUGGAAAAGUCUUUACAACCUCCUCACAACUUAACGUCCAUAUGCUAAUACACACUAGGGAGAAGUCUUUUAAAUGUGACCAGUGUGAAAAAGCAUUUUCACUCAUUUCACAUCUUAAAAAACAUAGACUAAUACACACAGGAGUGAAGUCUCGUAAAUGUGCCCAGUGAGAAAAAGCAUUUACAUAUUCCUCAAAUCUUCAAUGGCAUGGUAAGACACUAAGGAUAAGUUCCAUAAAUGUGCCCAGUGUGGAAAAGCAUACACUAGGUCAUCAGAUCUGAAAUGCCAUCAGCGUUUGCACAGUGAAGAAAAGACCACGUAAAUGCUUGAAUUCU